GAGACACAGUCAGGUCGGUGAUUGACAGGUGGGCUCCGCUGUCACGGUGACGCUCGGUGGGGGAGGAGUCAGCGCGGGCGCGCAGCUCGAGCGGCUGCUCGAGGUGUCAGUCCGUCAGUCGAGUGCGCGUGUGUGCGUGUCUGCGUAUGUGCGUGUGGGGACCGGCGACCGGCGCACACUGGCCCGAGGUUCGAGCGAGCGGCUCAUCCCCCUGCUUUUUAGGAGCUGGACACGGCGGCUCGCGGACACGACGGGCUCGCGCCCCGGCUGCCCAGUCAGUGCCUCCGCGCGCGAGACUAGCGCGCGACCCAGCUUUGUUUCGCGUCCCGCAGUUGGAAGGCGCGGCGCCGCGCCGCGUCGCGUCGGGAGCCCGAGCCCGCGCGCAGCGCGGCUCCGCUCGGGAAUACAGUGUGUGUGAGAGGCGCGCGCGCUCUCCCCGGGGGGUCUCUCCCCGGUGCUCUGGACGGAGGGGAAGGAGACCCCCGGACGCGCCGCUAUCCGUCACAUCGGGCUCCCCCACCCCCCAUGGAAGAGACUGAAAGUGAGCCCCACCGACAGACACCCCGCGCGAGGGGGUCGCCCCCCAGCACGAGCACCCUGUGAGCUCGGCGGACCCCCCACCCCACCGCACCCACCCCGGGAGGAGCACGAGGACUUCUCCCUCCUACACUCUCUUUAUUGAACAUUUUGAUCGUCAUCCAGGCGGAGAUGCGCUGAGUGUCAGUGUCGCCGCGGGAGGGGCCGAACGGGUCCCACAUCCAGGGCGGCGGAUCAGAAAUAAAAAACAACAAGAAAACAAGAGAUAAUUUGCUGAAAAACCGCAGAUCGAAGAUCUCGAGAAGCAGGUUUUCUUUUCGCCGCGUGUCGACCGAGCAUCAUCGUGCUUCCUGCAUGAGGAGGAGGAGGAGGAGGAAGGAGCAGGAUGCCGAGGAGGAAGCAGCAAGAGCCGCGCAGGUCUGCAGCCUACGUUCCUGAGGACGAGCUCAAAGCAGCUGCCGCAGACGGGGAGCUGCUGCAUGACGACGGCCUGUCCCUCGAUGGCCACGAUGGCGAAUUUGUCUACAAUGAAGACGACGACGGCAAGGAUCCAGCCAGCUACCAAAACUCCCCUCUCAGCACCGCCACCAAUCCGGAUGCAGGCUACGGCUCCCCGCUCAGUGACGCCAGCGACAGGCUGGCCGAUUUCAGGAGCACCUCCUCGAAAGAUGGCCAGGACAAGGAGGAGGUCCGCCCCGCUAGCAAUGGCGUCUCCCUGCAGGACAGUCUGGCGCGCAUGAAAGCCGUCUAUGCAAACCUGAUCUCGGAUGCAUCCUGGUCCAGUAUCGCUAUGGAUAUCAUGAAGGCGAAGCCAGCCGGUGCCAGUGCCAGUACCAGCAGCAACGGCAGCAGCAACGACAGCAGCCACAGCAGCGGGAGGGCUGGAGCCGGCAGCAACCAUGCCAGCAGCAAGAGCAACAACAACAGUAGCAACAGCAGCAGCAGUACCGCGAAUGGCAGUGCCGCUGCUGCCACAAACACUCCCACCGCCUCUGUCGUUACCUCCGUGAAUAAUGCCAGUGCUAACACUAACCACGGGUCCAGCAAUAGCGGAGGCCUCAGCUAUGACUGGCACCAAGCUGCUCUGGCUAAAACCCUGCAGCAGACUCCUUACCACCUACUUCCCGAACCGAGCCUCUUCAGCACCGUGCAGCUGUACAGGCAACACAACAAGCUCUACGGCUCCGUGUUCACCGGUGCCAGCAAGUUCCGGUGCAGAGACUGCAGCGCCGCCUACGACACUCUGGUCGGCCUCACUGUCCACAUGAACGAAACGGGCCACUAUCGCGACGACAACAAGGACAAAGACGAUGACAGAGGGAAGCGGUGGUCUAAGCCCAGGAAGCGCUCCUUGAUGGAAAUGGAGGGCAAGGAAGAUGCUCAGAAAGUGCUCAAGUGCAUGUACUGUGGGCACUCCUUUGAGUCCCUUCAGGACCUGAGUGUCCAUAUGAUCAAAACCAAGCAUUACCAGAAAGUGCCUCUAAAAGAGCCCAUGCCAGCCCUGGCCUCCAAACUGGUCCCUUCGACCAAAAAACGAGCACUUCAGGACUUGAUCUCGCCAUGCUCCCCAGAGUCUGCUGGAGGCACACCCGUUGGGGAGAGUGGGAAAGACCCCAAAGUGGCGAACCCCUACGUCACUCCCAACAAUCGCUAUGGCUAUCAAAACGGAGCCAGCUAUACCUGGCAGUUUGAGGCGCGCAAAGCCCAAAUUCUGAAAUGCAUGGAGUGUGGAAGUUCCCACGACACACUGCAACAGCUAACCGCCCACAUGAUGGUCACCGGCCACUUUCUCAAGGUUACCACCUCUGCCUCAAAGAAGGGCAAGCAGCUGGUAUUUGACCCUGUGGUCGAAGAGAAGAUUCAGUCUAUCCCGCUGCCUCCCACCAUUGCAAGGCUUCCGCCAUCCACUGUAAAAUCACAAUCGGGGUCUCCGAGUCACUCUUCUGAGUCAGAGGAGAAGCGAGAGCACGAGGAGAAAAAAAUGGACAUAGAUAUUCCAGAGAAACAGGUAAAAGAGGAAAAAGAGGAACUCACAGAGAAGACCGAUUCAAAUGCGCAGUACAAGUACCUUAGAGAAGAGGACUUGGAGGAGACUCCCAAAGGCGGUAUGGAUAUUCUCAAGUCUCUGGAAAAUACGGUCUCCAGUGCAAUCAGCAAAGCCCAGACUGGCACACCGACUUGGGGGGGAUAUCCCAGUAUUCAUGCCGCCUACCAACUCCAAAACUCGAUGAAAUCACCUUUGUCCGCGGUGCAGAGUGUCCAGGUCCAGCCGACGUUCAACGGUCACCCAAAAGCAACGCUGUGCGACUUGGUCAUUCCCUCUUCGAGGAGCCCAUCCCUUUCUCCCUGUCACCGAAACAACGUAUCUGCCAUGGAAGAGCUGGUGGAAAAGGUCACAGGAAAGACCUCCGUGAAGAAGGAGAAGGAAGAAGAGAAGAACUAUGAUAAGUACAAGCCGGUACCUGUCAAAACACCCUCACCGGUGCCGAAGGAAUACAGGGAUUCGCCCACCCCCGAUGACCUUAGCAAUAACUCUAGGGUCAAGAAUGGCAAAACAGGUGUGGAGGUGGAGACUAUGUGCAAGCAGGAGCCUAGAGAAAGCCUUGUGGAUAACUGCAUGAAGAACGGUCAAAAGGGUAUCAAAUCUCCCAUCAACAAUGGCUGCAACAGUCUGGGCAUAAUAACUGACCACUCGCCAGAACAGCCUUCGAUCAACCCCCUCAGCGCACUGCAGUCAAUAAUGAACACUCACUUGGGCAAGGCCUCAAAACCCGUUAGUUCUACACUUGACCCCCUAGCUAUGCUGUACAAGAUCAGCAACAGCAUGAUGGAGAAGCCCAUCUAUAACCCAGCUCAGGUUAAGCCGGUUGAGUCCAUAAACCGAUAUUAUUAUGAAGACAAUGACCAGCCCAUGGACUUGACAAAAUCAAAAAACGGCAACGGCGCCACCUCUACUCUCAGCAAGAGCAAUCUCAACGGGAGCAGUGGCCGAGCUGUCCGACUGGGCUUUUCGGAAAGAGUUGCUUCUCCGCUGCGGGAGAACGCAUUGAUGGACAUUUCGGACAUGGUGAAGAACCUAACGGGUGGGCUGACACCCAAGUCUUCAACCCCAUCCUCCAUUUCAGAAAAGUCUGAUGCAGAUGGCAGCACAUUCGAGGACACCUUGGAGGACAUGUCGCCCAUUCAGAAGAGGAAAGGUCGACAGUCCAACUGGAACCCUCAGCACCUCCUCAUCCUCCAGGCCCAGUUCGCCUCCAGCCUUCGGGAGACGCCCGAGGGGAAGUACCUGAUGACGGACCUUGGCCCCCAGGAGCGGGUGCACAUCUGCAAGUUCACGGGGCUCUCGAUGACCACCAUCUCGCACUGGCUGGCCAACGUGAAGUACCAGCUGCGGCGGACAGGCGGAACCAAAUUCCUGAAGAACAUAGACUCCGGUCAGCCGGUUUUCCUGUGCAGCGACUGUGCCUCUCAGUUCAGGACUCCUUCCACCUACAUCAGCCACUUGGAGUCACACUUGGGCUUCAGCUUGACGGACCUCUCUAAGCUGUCCAUGGACCAUAUCAGGGAGCAGCAGGCUGUCACCAAAGCCAUCGAGGACAAAGAGUUUGGCUCUGUGGCGCUGUCUGAGGACGACUCCCUGUACCAGUGCAAGCUGUGCAGUCGGGCCUUCGUGAGCAAGCACGCCAUCAAGCUGCAUCUCAGCAAGACGCACAGCAAAUCGCCCGAGGACCACCUCGGGUUUGUCAUGGAGCUCGAGAAGCCAGAUACACCUUAAAACCUAAGGGGGAGGGGGGGGUGUCGCUCGCUCUUUCUCCCACCGGACGAUUUAUUGCACUAAACUUGAUCACCGUACUGCACUGGGCGUCAAAUGAGCCUUCAGAAAUCAGUCCUAUGUUGUGAAACUGCCUAACUGGACCAUGACCUUAUUGCAUUGUUUUUGGUCAGUUUUGUUCCCUUUGAUUUUUAACACUUGUUUUGUAAUGUAAUUUAUAUGCCCUUUUGUCUGUGCAUGUCAUAUAGUGAUUCUAGCUUAAACACUAGUUUCCAUUCUGUUUCUAUAAAAAAUGAAAAAUAAACUACUGUU